CAUUUCUUCAACUACAGAUGGCGCAAGAGGAGCUUCCUUGCGCUAUAUUUUUUAGUUGCGACGAAAGCCCACCAAAUACGAUUAUUAAACAAAUUGUCUCAACUCCACAAGUGGAUCCUGUUCAAGAUGACAUCGAGACUUACGAAUGGGAUAUUGAUACAAAAUAUUAUACUUCGAAAAUAAAUCUAUGCGCUUCGAAAACAUCUAUCCUGUCAUCAUCAGUAUUGGAGCGAACGAAUGCAAUAGCUAUAACGUUCAAUACAAGCGAAGAAGAUUGUUUGACAAAAGUAAGCAAACUAUGGUCCCAAAUAAAGGAAUCCAGUCCGCAAGUUUUAUUAUUAAUUUGCGAGAAUUGUAAAGAGAGCGACCCUAUAUCCCGAACUGAAAUUAUACACUGGACUUUGGAUAAUGGAUUCGAAUUUGUUGAAUUAAAUGAAGAAUGCGAAUCGGAAGAUGAAUACGAUGUUAUUGGUAUCAAUAGAAUUAUUCAAGCUUUACACGCUCACACAUGGCCAAAUCUACAAUUGAAAAGUGAGAAUAAUAGAAAAUUGAAAUCUCAGAUAGAAAGUGAGAAGGAAAAACAAAAAGAGGAAAAGGAAGAAGAAGAAGGAGACUGCUCCUCAAAGUCAUCUUCUAACGAACCAGAGUAUAACGAAUUGGAAGAUAAUUCUUAUGAAGAACUGUUUUCGCAAUUUGCCGAUAUGAAAGUAAAGGCGGAAGGUCUACCACCGGAAGAACGAAAGAAGUUUGCCGAAGAGGUUGUAAUAAAAUUCUGGAAAUCAAUGGGUGGAGACGAAUCAGAAAUAGCUGGUUUAUCAGAUGACGAUGACGACGAUAAAGUACCGAAGUAAAUGAUGAAAGUUUGGAGAAAAUUGAUUAAUUCCAUAACUUAUAUUAAUCAUAUAGAUAUUUUAUUUUUAAAGAGGAUAUAAACUGUUUUUGUUAACAUUAAUAAUUAUAAUAAAACAAUCAUGUUACUAUCG